UCGUUUGACCCAGACUUUCCGUUUAUCCCUGAUGAGCACGAAUAACCAUCUCUUUUUCUUUCCUAGUUUCAACCCUUCGACUUUCUUAAUCAUUGGUCUCUUUCUCUUCCUUGAACUCUCACCCACAAGGCAUGUCAGGCCAACAGCCCGACGAUUCCAUCUCGAACUUUGCCGCCCUCAUCCUCACCUUCAGCAAACUGGUGGCCGAAGAGGAGCAGCCGCAGGCUGCCUCUGCAAUAAACUGGUGGUCGAACUUUGCUGCCCUCAUCCUCACCUUCAGCAAACUGGUGGUUGAAGAGGAACAGUGUCGAACUACUACGGCAACAGCAAGAAGACGCCGAAGCCCAGUGUCAGAACUAGGGGAAGCAGCUAAUGCGAUCCAGAGCCUCUCACAAGACACUUUGGCAAGUCUGCAAGAGCAAGAAAUGGAGCACGCAGCCACACUGCGCGGCUGGCAUUUUACCCCGACGGACGGUCACAGCCAACCGUCGGCAGAAGAGAAGACUAAGGAAGACAUCUCUAAGCUCAUCGUGAAACUCAUGCUGACUUGCAAUUGGCAACAGCACGAGUUGCAGCGGCUCAAGCGCAUCAUUGACGAAAUGCAGGACUCACAAUGUCAUGCAAACCGCAGCUUCAACACACGUAUCAACCACUUGGAACAAGACGGCGCCUCCUCGGCAAGCACCGGACAAAGUAGCAGCCAGCCGUCAACGCUAGAGUUGGAGCAGCGGAUUGACCAAGCGGUCGCCACAAUCGACGACCUCGGCACGUUCAUGAGAUCAAAAACAAUCAGCCUGUUACACAGAGCUGAAGGUCGGCAUCUGCACGUUGCAGCAACAUCCAGCCAGCAGCAGCUCGUGAUGUUCAAAAUGUCGAACUUCCGCAUCGACAAACUUGAUGACUACACGAAGUCGAAUCCGCUAGCUUGGUGGCAAGGGUUCACCACCGAACUUGGACUGCAUGAAGUCCCCGAGCGCCUCAAGAUAGCGGCACCCUACCUUAAUACCACGGGUGCGUGCCAAAUGUGGCUCAACCACCUCGCGGUCAAGGAAGGGGUCGACAUGGAGGAUCUGCACACCAAGCUGGAUUGGGAUGCCAUCACCGCCUUGUGGAAGGCCCGAUUCAUCGUGCAAGACAGAAAGGCGAAGGCGGCCAACCAAGCGUUUCAGAUUUACCAAGGAAAUCAGCCGACGUUGCUGGUUAACGGAAUGGCGAAAAAUUUUCGUUGACGCAGGCGAUCAGACAAGAGGAGCACUACACAGACUUUAACUCCAUUGUCACUCAUGCCCACGCGA